GAAGAAAAGAAAAAUGUAUAAAAGAGUCGAGGUCGCAGCCUCCCACUCCGUACUCCAAUUCGUCUCCAUUCUUCUCCCGCAUAUCCCCGAGAUCCCUCUUUAUUUAAUCCAUCUGACGUUGACCAAACCCAGCGAAAGUUGCCGCGAAGUUGCGCCCCCAUUGCUGUUCUUGCCUGCUCCAGGCCAAUUUCUCCGUGAUUGGCUUCCUUGCUCAUUCGUCCAGGCUCCCCCGAGCUCGCCUCCUGGGCCUUGAAGAUCGCGGGAUCCUGUGUGGGUGAAUCAAGGUUGAAGACUAACAGCUUGCUAGAUUAAGCCUUUCAUGGGUGAAGAGGCACCAGAGUUUGUUAAUGGGGAAAUUAACUUGGAAGGCGAGGAUUUCAGGACAGCCACAACUGUUGGUCAUAAGACUUAUCUGAUCAGCAAAUCGGAUGAUGAGUCCAAGUCAACGGUUAGCAUUAGAAUUUUGGAUACAUCAAAUAAAACCUGGAUUGUGCCCACAGUACUCGGCACCCAACCAAUUCAUUUUGAGGCACACACUGCUAUUCUGGUUAAUGAAAAUAUGAUACUAGUAAUUGUCAGCAAAGGUGCCCCGUUAGUUGACUCAAUCUGGUUUCUUGAGGUCAACACCUCCUUUGUUAAGCAGCAAAGCAAGAUAACAGGUACAGAAGUUGUUGCCUGGAGCAAGGGAGUGCUAGGCAAGGGUCAAAAGCCAGUCGUGAUUAGCGGGCCUUCUGGUGUUGGUAAAGGUACAUUAAUCGCUAAACUAAUGAAAGAUUCCCCAUCAAGAUUUGGAUUUUCUGUUAGCCACACCACAAGGGCCCCAAGAGAAAAGGAAAUAGAUGGAACCCACUACCACUUUGCGGAGCGAAGCAAGAUGGAAAAAGAGAUAAGCCAGGGAAAAUUUCUUGAGUUUGCUCAUGUUCAUGGAAAUCUAUAUGGGACCAGUAUUGAAGCAGUUGAAGCUGUUACAGAUGAGGGGAAGAGGUGUAUUCUUGACAUUGACGUCCAAGGGGCUCAUUCUGUGAGGGCUUCUUCUCUUGAAGCACUAUUCAUCUUUGUAUGCCCUCCGUCAUUUGAGGAACUAGAGAAGCGCCUUCGGGCACGGGGAACAGAAACUGAAGAACAAAUCCAGAAACGACUGAGAAAUGCCAGGGAAGAGCUUGAUCAGUCCAACACACCUGGUCUUUUUGAUCAUUUUUUGGUGAAUGGUGACCUUGAAACGUGCUAUGAGAACUUGAAGAGGUUAGUUCCUUUGGAUGAUGGAAGUUCUGUUUCAGACGAUUCCUACUCAACCAUGGAUAGCAAAGCCACGCCAUCUUAUACAAUUCUAUCCAAACAAGAUUCAGAAGUUUUGUUGCAACCUAAGAUUCGUGAAGUAGAAAAAGGAAUUGCAAGCAUGCUUGCACUUGACCUGUCUUCUGUUUCGGGCGGUGCUCCUGGACGUACACGGGGCCUCAAGGUAAAGUCUGUCAACAAACACUGACUCGGUCAAUUCCCCGAGAGGUGCUAUGAAGGAUACUCCAGCUGUCCAGCAGACCCACGGCUAAAUUGUCGGCUCGAUUUGCGCGAGGUGACGGUUUCGAUCAUAGUUAGACAAAAACAUGGAAAUAUAAUUUCAUUUGUUCGUGCCAAGAAUUCACAUAGUUCCAUUUGUUGUUUGCUCACCGGAGCUUGCAGUUCCUUUGUUCUUUGUACCAUAAUCAGUCGGAUCGAGACAGGUGCUCGUCGUUAAGAAACUUAUGUGGAGAAAAUAAUGUGAAUUUGCGGGUGUAUUUGUUCCUAGCUAA